AUGGGAAUUGAUGGGAGCUUCUCAUCCGAUGAUGAUCUUCCUGUCGAGCGGAAGAAAACUCAGCUUUCUGCCAGUGUCUCUGCAACCAAUGAUGCAAUUUUUGAGAAUAUUGGGGACUUAUAUGUUGAAGAGGACACCAUGAGCGCCAAUGAUGGGGAAGGAAUUAAUUUUCUUCUGCAAGAUGAACUAACUGACUACGGCAACUAUAUGGAACAUUGCAAUACAGAAGGACACAAGCAACCUGUUGAUACUACCUCCCCCGAGAAACCGGAAAAUACCCCGAGCCGCUCUCCAAGGAAGGAAGAAUUAGCCUCGUCUAAAACCCAAAGCCCUACUAAGAAUAAUGUGUUGUCGCUGGGCAGCUCGUCUCAAUUUAACAGCCGUGUUUGUCAGGGGCAAGCAGAUCAGCCUUCCACCCUCGCCGCAUCCCCUAUAAUGGACAAAAGAACAUUUGAACAAAUGAUGGCUAAUGAUAAAGAGGAUCGAGAUAUUUUUAGAUCAGUUCCGUUUAAAAAGGAAAAACUGGAGGCUAAGACCGACCAAUUGUUUCUAGUUGAGGAUGCUAGUUGCGACUUUCAACAUCAAUACAGCGACAAGCAACCCGAUGAUCUGGAAGGCAUCGAUCCCUCGAUCCUUGCAGAGUUUGAGGACGUCGCUGAAUUUUACUAG